UUCCACGUGGUUUUCGUUCGUAUCAUCUCUAGCUUCUUCUGAAACUGAAAGUAGAUUUUUCUGUCUUUCUUUAAAAAUCGUUGGAAAAUGUAAUGUCUGAUCGUUGCAGAAUCAAAAUAUAUCUACAGAACCAAAAUGUAUUUGUAUGGAGUGCUAAAGAUUCUGUGACAUUGAGGGAAGAAUGGAGAAUUGUUGGAUCAUUGGUGGGAUGUCUUCCACGCUUACCUCGACAGAACAACCAGCUGGGGCUACCAUUACAGUUACUUCCAGAGGAAACAACAAUGUUACUAGAAAAGAGUGUGUGCUUAUUGGUAAAACCAAAAGAAAACUUACUGGAACCAACACCUGAACAGGUCAAAGAGCAUGAACAUUUAAGACUGGAUUUGUAUAAGGAGCAGAUCGAACUUUUCAAAGAUGAGAGAAGAAAAGAAAUGAUUCACAAUCUGCAUCAGAUCAAAGAAGGAAAGAGAAAAAAGCUAAAGGAAGAAAUGGAGAGAAAAAGAGAAGCAGGAGAAACUGUCAAUGAAACAGAUUUAGAUGUAGAAAUAGAUAUAAACACCAUACAGAUACCUCCUGUUGCUCUGAAAAAUUCACUAGUACAACUUUAUACUGAAAGUCCAUAUAAUGAAGCUUUAGAUGAAUGUGGGUCUGAAUGGUGUUACCCUACCAAUGACAAAGAGACUACGAGAUACAAAGUGUUCACAGAUUUAUGGAAGAAAGGGCAUUAUCUAACUUCUGGAAGUAAAUUUGGUGGAGAUUUCUUGGUUUAUCCAGGAGAUCCAGCCAGAUUCCAUUCAUUUUACAUAGCUGUGUGUCGUCCAUACAAACAAGAGAUUUCCAUGUCUGACUUUAUAUCAUUGGCAAGAAUGGGAUCAAAUGUUCGUAAAACUGUCAUAUUGUGUUCUGUUGAUAACAAUGAUCAGGUUGUUUAUACCUCUAUACAAUGGACAGGAAUAGCAUAACAGGAGAAUGUACCUGCUGGUUUAUAGAUGUAUCCGGUUUUAAGCAUUUCAGCAAGUUAGUUAUAAAAGGAUACAUAAGAUAAGGCUGUGAAGUUACAGAGACACAGAGAGAGAGAAAGAUGUACAAUGAUAAAAGUAGAUUAAAAACAUUACAAUAGAAGGAAAUAUCUAAAUUGUUGUUAAAGUUUAAUGCAUGUUAAUUGUAUCAAGUUGUUGCUCCUUAGGUAUUAUCAAUAUUGAGAAAAUGCCAAAGUGAGUUUAUAUUGCCUAUUUGUUUUUACACAAAGUAAAAUAUUCUAUACAUUUUCUGUGCAUAGUCCAUGAGUAUAAAAACAAGGAUGUGGUAUGAUUUCCAAUGAGACAACUAACAAUUAAAACUUAAGGAUAAAGAUGUAAAAAUUUAUUGUUACAGCUAACCAUGCAGUCUUUAACAAUGAGCAAAUAGAUAUAAGAAGAUGUGGUACGAGUGCCUAUGAGACAACUCUCCAUAUAAAUAGUUACAAUAAGUAAAAACAUAACCAAUUUAGGUCUAAGUAUGGCUUUCAACACAGAGUCAUGGCUCACACAGAAUAGCCAGCUAUAAAGCCCAAAAAGAAUAGUAAAUUAUAAAAGGUAACUUGGAUAACAAAAUUUGAAACUGUUUAAAGACAUAUAGAGAAUGAUUGUGGGUUUUUACAUGAAUGUGGACAACCAACCAUCUCCUAACCUUUGACAAUGGAGUAACAAACCAACUGUUAUAAUCAGCUGGAAGGAACUCGUCUCAUCAGAUUGACACCAAGCAUGAAAAAACAAAUGACAAAAAGUAAAGAUCUGAGGUUACUAACAAUAUUGAAAGUUAUUCAUAGCCUAAUUUGAAAGUAAGAAUAAACAGUCUAGUCGUACACUAAAAUGUCAUCAGAACACCUCAAACAAAUAUGGUUUACCAUGACGUAAGUGCUUCAUACACAGUUUGAAUGAGAAAAUGACAAAAUAUGUGCAUGUACUGACAGGAUAUAGGACCACAAGUGUUUAUACAUGUAGUGAUAUCUCUGUUAAUUAUUUACUACCGGUAUUAAAACUAAAUUGAUCAGGACAUGUCAUAAUCAUUUCAAAGACAAUAAUUUCUUUCUGAAAUCAAAUUCAGGAAGCAAAAUCAGUUAAUAAGAAUGUGUGGAGCUAAGGUGUGUUACGAAUAGCUGUUUCUUUUUCAUCCCAUAAUUGUAAAUUUAAAAAUAGUAAAUGUCUAUGCAUCAA